UGCCAUGCGCGGCAGAUCGGGAGGUGAUCUUGGUCAUUUCCCUUCGUCUGGCCUCUUUUUAAUCCUGACAACGUUUUUCUGCAGUGGGAAGGGUGAAGGGUUGCAGCCGUGCUGUCGAAGUUCACAUUAAGGGCUAGCGUGGAUGCGCAAAUUCCGGGUGCACUGCUCUCCCCCAGGCUGUCGUAUCGAGAGUAAAGAAAAGGUUAAUCUAAGUGGACGGUAUGGUCGACAACUCCAGUAGCAGCAAGGCGCAAAUGACAAGUUUAUCUCAGGAGGGCAGUCUGAGUGGCGGGUUUUCCCAGGCAGGCCUGGCUAGUGCUGCAGGCGUGAAGCUGGAAGCGGUCAUGGAGCAGCUGCAGAAGCAGCAGCAGGCCAAGCUGGAGAUGGAGCGCAAGGAGAGACACCUGAGGGAGGCCCAGAUCCUCUACGCCCAGCAGGUGGCCGCACAACAGGCCAUCCUGGCCAACGCCCGCGCCCAAGGCGGCCCCCUACCACCAGAGUUCUAUGGCAAGAACUCCAGGGACCGGGCACUGAAGGUGGGCACGGGGCACCAGGCCAACAGAGUGGCCACACAGAGCAGUGUGGACUCCAUGCGUGAGGACGAGGAGGAUGAAGAUGAUGAUGAUGAUGAGGAAGACGACAUGGAGCGGCGCAGAGGCUCUGAGGGUGAGGAAGACGAGGAUGAGGAGAUGGUGGAGGGCGAGGAAGGCAGCGAGGAGGACGAGGGAGAGGGCCUGGAGUUCCUGCGACAGCAGAGUCUGGCGCUGCAGCAGGCGGCGUCCGGCGUGACCCCGUUUCCCUUCCCUGUCUACUCCGCCUCGGCCUCGCCAUCUGCCGCCAAGAAGAGGCCCCGCUCCCCUAGCGCCAAGGUGAAGGACGAGCCCGAGGACAAGAGCCUGUCCCCUGCCGGACCGCACUCCUUCUCCACACCCAACGGCAUGGCCGACUGGGGCUUUGACGAGUCCUUCAAACAGAAUGGCAGCGCCGGCUGGAGUGAAGAGGGCGAUGGAGGAAGAGGAGCCAAAGGAGAAGCAUCCAGAGACUUUGCCAAGCUUUAUGAGCUGGACAGUGACCCCAACAGGAAGGAGUUCCUGGACGACCUUUUCACCUUCAUGCAGAAGAGAGGGACCCCAGUGAACCGCAUCCCUAUCAUGGCAAAGCAAGUGCUGGACCUCUACAAGCUCUUCAAGUUGGUCACUGAGAAGGGAGGCCUGGUUGAGGUCAUCAAUAAGAAGAUCUGGAGAGAGAUCACCAAAGGCCUCAACCUACCUACCUCCAUCACCAGUGCUGCCUUUACGCUCCGCACACAGUAUAUGAAGUACCUGUACCCUUACGAGUGUGAGAAGAAGGGUCUGAGUUCUCCAGGUGAGCUCCAGGCGGCCAUCGACAGUAACCGGCGUGAGGGCCGCCGUCCCAGUUACAGCAACAGCCUGUACCGCUUCUCGCCGUCCCCCAGCGGAACCUCCCACAUCCUCACCCCGCCCAAGGUCCACCUGCCCUCCUCCGCCCACAACGGCCUGCAGGAGAGCGGCAGCCCUGCCCUCAAGAAGGGCACAGUGCCGGAGGAGGGUCCUGCGUCCAUGUUGCCGGGGCGACUGCCCCUGGCGUUGGCGCUUGGUCACCAGCAGCAGCUGGCGCGUGCGGCGACCCUGGAGCAGCUGCGUGAGCGUCUUGAGACAGGCAUGGGCAUGGGGGCGGGCGCGCUGGAUGGACAGGACCGCAGCAUGGCACGGCUGGCCGAGGAGCAGCACCGACUCCUGCAGCAAGCCUUCCAGCACAACCUGCUGGCCAUGGCCUCGCAGGUCAACCCUGCCGGGCUGCACCUUGGAGCACCAAAAGCAGAGGACAAGCAAGACAAACAGAAGCAGGACAUGUCUCUCAGCAUCUCCUCCAAUGGAUCCACCAGCAUCACUGUGUCUGUGGAAGUCAACGGAACUGUCUACACAGGGACGCUGUAUGCCCAGAAGGUCUCUGGCGGGGUGCCCACCUGCUCCACAGCGACCCCUGCUGGCCAGAGUGGAAGUCCUAAUGUGUCCUCCUCAUCCAAAGGCCCCAGCUCAGCUGACCCCCCCAGCUGCACCUCCCCAUAACCUCCCCAUACCCCAACCCCCACACACACACACACACACACACACACACAUUUUGCAUCUCCAGUCUCUGGAGGGGUGAGAUGACACCCCCACCCCACCCAACAGGCUCUCAGCAGCACCCUAUGACCCCUACCCAACCAAAUCCAGACGCCUAUGACAAACACACACACACACACACGUCGCCUCAGGAAGGAGUCUCAAAGUGAAUGUACUGAACUUUUUAAAAAUGGAAAACAAACUGCAACACGAUUACCUCAUAUUUUUAGCCCUCAUACUGUUCAAGGAGAAGAAUGUGUUACUUUACUAACGUGUGGAUGUCGUAAUACACAUAAGCAGUCACACAUGAAUAAAUAUACACACACACACACACUCACACAUUCACACAUUUACAUACACAAGCAAUGCAAUUAUAGUAGUAGAGUAGAUUGCUCUGCCAAACUACUGUAGUGUGUGUUGAAGUUUAAGUGUGUCACACACCUCAAACAUACCUCACCUGGAGGAGUCCACACACACACACACACAUACACAUACCCACUUUAUAUGGAGGAGUCUACAGAUGCACACACAUCUACCUCAAGGAGUCUGCGCGCAUGCACGCACACCUUACC